GUCCUCCAAGCUAAGAUAACUUUUUAGAGCUGCGAAAAUGAUUGGUUCUAGCUGCAAAUGGGAAUUUAGAGUCACUCAGAAAUACAUCCUGGAAUAGCUGUGUUUGGCUGGAACCAACUCUUACGAAGUCUCCAAGGAUGAGAGUCUGUGCUAAAUCUGUGUUGCUGUCACACUGGCUCUUUCUGGCCUAUGUGUUAAUGGUGUGCAGUAAGCUGACAUCCGCCUCAAGCCAGCACCUCCGGGGACACGCAGGCCACCACCAAAUCAAGCAAGGGACCUGUGAGGUGGUCGCCGUGCACAGGUGCUGCAAUAAGAACCACAUAGAAGAGCGGUCACAGACGGUCAAGUGUUCUUGCUUCCCAGGACAGGUCGCUGGCACCACUCAGGCCCAGCCUUCUUGUGUUGAAGCUUCCAUCGUGAUUCAGAAGUGGUGGUGUCACAUGAAUCCUUGUUUGGAAGGAGAGGAUUGUAAGGUGCUGCCAGAUCACUCAGGUUGGUCCUGCAGCAGAGGCAAUAAAGUCAAAACUACAAAGGCAAGUAUAGAUACAGCUUGA